GCCACGUCUCUGCUUAAUAGACCACAACGGCAAGUUUGGCUUACCCGAGGCUUUAUAAGCCUAGCCAUUCCAGUAGCAGUUUGAUACACGCACAACCCCACCAGGUAACAAGCACCAGACACACCCAAUCGGCUCACCAUGUCCUCGAGACUCAUGGAGAAAAUGGAGACGUUGUUUAAGUUCCUGGACAAGGACAGCAAUGGCUACCUGGACGAGUGCGAGCUGACUGCAUACUUCGAGAGGCGUGGCUUAAGCACGGAGCUCAUAGAGGAACAAUUCCGAUUCUUUGAUGGCCCAGACGGCAACAAGAAGAUUGUUCUAGAAGAAUUUCUCGCUGGGUGGCAAAAAAUGGCGGAUCUACCAGUUGACCUAAGGAAAUUAGCCUUUGAGUACGAUGAAGACAAGGACGGGUUCCUCACUCGACCAGAGCUCAAGGCUCUCGUGGAGAACAAGAGGGAAUAUUUCCUGGAGUUUGAUGACGCUGACCAGUUGGUCAACAUGUUUGAUACCAAUAAAGAUGGAAGGAUAUCGAUACAAGAGUUCAAUGAAGGUUACUCCAAGUAUAAGAAGUAACUAAUAGCUAAUGACGUACAUCGACACUUACUGGGUUAUCUAGUGUUAUCUGAGAAGUUAACACACACACAUUUAGAUUUUAUUUCACUUACAUUGUUGCUUUUUGUUUACUUUAAAUGUGAUUUUAGAUAUUAUAAUAUUAUACUUUUUAUUGUGAUAUCACGCUUACAUUUCUAAAAUCAUUUUUUUAGCUUAAAUAAAAUCUGUUUCUUAAAAUAAUAUUAAUAUAUACAAGCCUACUAGCUUACAGAUAAUUUUAGCCAUCGUUUAUUAGAUUAUGUAAAUGAUGGUUCUUUUUAUGAGACAUAAAACAAUAGACAAUUUAGCUGUUUCGUUGUUUGUAUUGCUUACAAUAAAUAAAAUGCACCAGACUUAUGGCUGGCCAAAU